AGCACUUUGAUAAAGGCAGGCUGUCAGCGACGCAAUGGCUCACUUUCACUCACAGAAAACUGCGCCAAGCUGAGGUGGGAUACAGCCCCAAAACACACUGGACCAGUCUGGGCGAAUGCAGUUCCAUACACAGGACACCAUAAUCAGCAGACUCCCACCAUUUUUGGACAUAACCGGACUCUCAGACUAAUCUUCAUCCCGCCGGGGCAACAAGAAUUUGGCUCACUGUAACCAUUUUUGUGAAAGACUCGUUCAAUUUCAAGGGCAAAGGGGGCGAACACGUUCGUAGCUGAGCGUUGCAACCCAAAAGCUGUCAUUUUUCAAAAAACUACUUAUUUCAUUGUAUGAUUUUUGAGACCGCGGUGACUUCUUACGGCGGUGUGAAGUGUGAAGCUGUACUGGAAGGAGCCGUCGGUCCGUCAUGGAGAACGCUCACACGAAGAGUGUGGAGGAAGUUUACUGUUUUUUCUGCGUCAAUGAGAGCACAGGACUUUCUCUGGAAGAGGUGAAACGACAGCGGGAGAAAUGGGGCCUGAACGAAUUACCAGCAGAAGAAGGGAAAUCUUUAUGGGAACUUGUUCUUGAACAGUUUGAAGACCUACUUGUAAGAAUUCUUCUGUUGGCUGCCUGUAUUUCUUUUGUCCUGGCCUGGUUUGAGGAGGGCGAAGAAACUAUUACUGCCUUUGUGGAACCUUUUGUAAUUUUACUCAUUCUUAUUGCCAAUGCCAUCGUUGGCGUGUGGCAGGAACGUAACGCUGAGGAUGCUAUUGAGGCACUGAAGGAGUAUGAGCCUGAAAUGGGGAAAGUGUAUCGGCAGGACAGAAAAACAGUCCAAAGGAUCAAAGCCAGAGACAUUGUUCCUGGGGACAUUGUUGAAGUAGCUGUUGGAGACAAAGUGCCAGCUGAUAUCCGUAUAUGCUCAAUCAAAUCAACAACUUUGAGAGUGGACCAGUCUAUUCUAACUGGAGAGUCUGUUUCUGUCAUUAAACACACCGACCCAGUGCCUGACCCUCGUGCUGUUAAUCAAGACAAGAAGAACAUGCUAUUCUCUGGUACCAACAUUGCUUCCGGGAAGGCUGUGGGUGUGGUUGUGGCCACUGGUGUGAACACUGAAAUUGGUAAAAUCCGCGAUGAGAUGGCAGCGACUGAGCAGGAGAAAACCCCCCUGCAACAGAAACUGGAUGAAUUUGGCGAACAACUUUCCAAGGUCAUUUCCCUCAUCUGCAUUGCGGUGUGGAUAAUCAACAUCGGCCAUUUCAAUGACCCUGUACAUGGCGGUUCCUGGAUCCGCGGCGCCGUGUACUACUUCAAAAUUGCCGUGGCACUGGCUGUAGCAGCCAUCCCCGAAGGAUUGCCUGCCGUCAUCACCACCUGUUUGGCUCUCGGCACCCGUCGCAUGGCCAAGAAGAAUGCCAUUGUCCGCAGCUUGCCGUCCGUGGAGACUCUGGGCUGCACUUCUGUCAUUUGUUCUGACAAGACGGGGACAUUGACUACCAAUCAAAUGUCUGUCUGCCGAAUGUUCAUUAUCAACAAAGCUGAUGGUGAGAACUGCUCUCUGUCGGAGUUUACCAUCACAGGUUCGACUUAUGCACCAGACGGCGACAUAUUCCAGGAUGGUAAAAAAGUGAAACCCUCUCAGUACGACGCUCUGGUGGAACUGGCAACCAUCUGUGCCCUGUGUAAUGACUCAUCGUUGGACUUCAAUGAGGUGAAAGGAGUUUAUGAAAAGGUGGGUGAGGCGACUGAGACCGCACUGACCUGCCUAGUGGAGAAAAUGAACGUCUUUGACACAGAAGUCGACAACCUGUCCAAGAUCGACAGAGCGAAUGCCUGCAACUCUGUCAUCAAACAACUGAUGAAGAAAGAGUGCACUCUGGAGUUCUCCAGAGAUAGGAAGUCAAUGUCUGUGUACUGCACCCCCAAUAAGUCUCGUUCUUCCUUGGGGAAAAUGUUUGUCAAGGGAGCACCAGAAGGCGUAAUCGAGAGAUGCACCCAUGUCAGAGUCGGUAACAACAAAGUCCCAUUAACCAAAAGUAUCAAGGAAAAAGUCAUGUCUGUGAUUCGUGAAUAUGGCACCGGUCGUGACACUCUGAGGUGUCUGGCUCUAGCCACACGGGACAGCCCACCCAAGAUGGAGGACAUGAUACUGUCUGAACCCACCAAAUUCGCAGAGUAUGAGUCGGACCUGACCUUUGUCGGCUGCGUGGGCAUGCUGGACCCUCCCAGACAGGAGGUGGCGGCUUCCAUCAAGCUGUGCCGCCAGGCCGGCAUCCGCGUCAUCAUGAUCACCGGGGACAACAAAGGCACGGCUGUGGCGAUCUGCCGCCGAAUCGGCAUCUUCUCUGAGAACGACGACGUCGAUCAGAUGGCUUUCACCGGGCGGGAGUUUGACGAGCUGGCGCCUAACAGCCAGCGUGAGGCUGUCACACACGCCCGCUGUUUUGCACGUGUGGAGCCUUCGCACAAGUCCAAAAUUGUUGAGUUCCUGCAAGGAUUUGAUGAGAUCACAGCUAUGACAGGAGACGGCGUGAACGAUGCCCCAGCCUUAAAGAAGGCCGAGAUUGGCAUCGCUAUGGGCUCUGGCACUGCCGUGGCCAAGUCGGCCUCUGAGAUGGUCCUCGCCGAUGACAACUUCUCUUCUAUUGUGGCCGCUGUUGAAGAAGGCCGCGCUAUUUACAAUAACAUGAAGCAGUUCAUCCGAUACCUUAUAUCUUCCAAUGUAGGGGAAGUGGUCUGUAUCUUCCUUACAGCUGCACUGGGCUUCCCUGAAGCACUGAUUCCAGUUCAGUUGUUGUGGGUCAACCUGGUGACCGACGGUCUUCCCGCGACUGCACUCGGGUUCAACCCUCCUGACCUCGACAUCAUGGAGAAACCUCCCAGGAACGCUAAAGAACCGCUCAUUUCCGGAUGGCUCUUCUUCCGAUAUCUGGCGAUCGGCGGUUAUGUCGGCGCUGCUACGGUGGGAGCUGCGGCUUGGUGGUUCACGCUCUCGGAAGAUGGACCUCAGAUUACCUUGUACCAACUGAGUCACUUCCUCCAGUGCAGCGACGACAACCCGGACUUCGAUGGCUUGGACUGCGAGGUGUUUGAAUCCCCGUACCCCAUGACAAUGGCCCUGUCAGUGCUUGUCACCAUUGAGAUGUGUAACGCUCUGAAUAGUCUGUCAGAGAACCAGUCCCUGCUUCGAAUGCCUCCUUGGGAAAACAUUUGGCUGCUGGGAGCCAUCUGCCUCUCCAUGUCCCUGCACUUCCUAAUCCUCUACGUGGAGCCUCUACCAGUCAUCUUCCAGAUCACCCCCCUUGACGCCACCCAGUGGUUGAUGGUGCUGAAGAUCUCCAUGCCUGUCAUCCUGUUGGACGAGCUGCUGAAGUUUACGGCCAGGCACCACCUGGACUUGGGUAAACGACCGGAGAAGCCGGCGACGGGCCACAAAGGGCGCUCCUUGUCCGCAUGCGCCGAGGGCAUCUCGUGGCCCUUUGUGGCCGUCUGCCUGCCUCUGGUGCUGUGGAUCUACAGCGCCGACACUAACGUGGCUGCCGUGUUGUGGCCCUGACUGACCUCCCGGGCACCGCUGUGGAGUGGACUUGAACGCGCACAUAUUUAACACAAACAUUAACUUCCGGUCAACACUCGCUCCCUGUCUGAUGACAGACACAUCUUUAAAAUUUAUAGUCAUGCUAUUUGGGGGGAGGGAUUGGGAUCUGAGUGCCAUGUUUUUAUUUUGUUGUAGUUUUUAUAGUAUUAUACAUAAUGUGUUGAAGGAGAACAUUUACACAACUUUUAUAAUAAAAAAAAGAAAUGGGGACAGGAAGAAUGCUAAUUUAGAACUUAGUAGUUUAUUAUUUCCUGCAUUAGGCAGAGCACAGCUACCUCAUCGCUGUUCUAUAACCAUUACUACUUUUUUUUUGUCUCCAUGACAACACAUGAUUUUAAGCACCCAAAGCCUUCAUCCACUUUUUUUCUCAUCUUGGUGAAGUGAGGACUUUCUGUGCAUUUCAUUUGUUGAUUAUUUAAAAAAUAUUUAUAUCGUAGAGUAUAAAUGUGCACAUACUGUACUUGAAUAUACUGUAUACUUCACAUGAACAGCCUGCUUUUCACCUCCGCGGGGGUUCGUGUGUCAUUGGAGGUGUGUAUAUGUGUAUAUAAUAUGCGUGUACGCGCACAAAGUAGGACCUCUAGAUUUUAUUGUUGCCGUCGAAAUAUAUGACGAGUGCUUUUUUUGCCACUGAGUGCCAUUGGGCUUUUCUGUCGAGGCCUUCGUACGUUUGCCUGCAGCUUGAGUACACUUUUGACCUGCAUGACAGUAACCGCUUGCCCAUUUUUGUGCCAUGUCUUGUACAGUAAUCCAUAGUAUUGAUGGUACUUGAGCUGAAGACAUUACAUUAUUUCAUGUUUUCUUAUUCAUACGAUGUGUUGCUGCCACAGUCUAAAAGGUCUAGUAUCACGUUUUACAUUAGAUCGUAUAAAAACAUGAUCAUGAGCAUCGACCAUUAUGAUGUAUCAGUUUUUUACACAAUAUGUUUAUAGGUGAGAAAUGUCAUUUUUUACGUGAUGUAAAAAUUUGUGAUCAUUAUCAUGUUUUUGUCUGAUAUUAGAGCUACAAUACGUAAAAGCGUGAAAACUCAUUUAAAAACAUGAUCACGUUUGUCCAUGACAUGAUCAUAUAAAAACAUGAUUAUGUACAAACAUGAUCAUAGACUAACAUUAUGUAUCAUGUUUUUAGAUAAUUUCCUUUUUUACGUCAUUGUUUUGCCAUCACAUUUUUACGUGAUUAUUGACAAUUUUCUGUGCUCGUGAUCAUGUACAGUGAAGAAAAUAAGUACUGGUAUUUGAACACCCUAUUUUGCAAGUUAUCCCACUUAGAAAUCAUGGAGGAGUCUGAAAUUUUCACCAUUCAGUGGUAUGAAAAAGUAUCUGAACAGUUUGGAAUUUCUCACAUUUCUGCAUAAAAUCACCAUCAAAUGUGAUCUGAUCUAUGUCAAAAUCACACUGAUGAAUAAACAGUGCCUGCUUUAACUAAAACCACUGAAACAUUUGUAGGUUUUCAUAUUUAAUGAGGAUAGCAUGCAAACAAUGACAGAAGGGGGGAAAAUAAGAAAGUGAACCAUCAGAAAUAAUAUUUUGUGGCCCCCACUUUGGUAGCAAUAACUUCAACCGCUUCCUGUAGCUGCAGAUCAGUCUGGCACGUCGAUCAGGACAAAUCUUGGCCAAUUAUUCGCUACAAAACUGCUGUAGUUUAGUCAGAUUCCUGGGUUGUCAUGCAUGAAUCGCUGUCUUUAGCUCAUGCCACAGCAUCUCAAUGGGGUUCAACUCUGGAGUCAUACAGUGGUAUGAAAAAGUAUCUGAAAAUCUAGGUAUUUUCUACAUUUCUGCAUAAAAUCACCAUCUUCGUCAAAAUCACACAGAUGAAAAAAUAUCUUCUUUAAAACCUCCCCAGAAUGUAUAGGUUUUCAUAUUUUAAUUAGGAUACUAUGCAAACAAUGACAGAAGGGGGAAAAAUAAAGUGAACAAUCAGAUUUAAUAUUUUGUGGCCCCCACUUUGGUAGCAAUAACUUGUCUGGCACAUCGAUCAGAACUAAUCUUGGCCCAAUCUUCUCUACAAAACUGCUGUAGUUCAGUCAGAUUCCUGGGUUGUCUGGCAUGAAUCACUGUCUUUAGGUCAUGCCACAGCAUCUCAAUGGGGUUCAACUUUGACUUGGCCACUCCAGAACAUGUAUUUUGUUCUUCUGAAAGCAUUCUGAAGUUGAUUUACGUCUGCGUUUUGGAUCAUUGUCUUGUUGCAACAUCCAUCCUCUUUUUAGCUUCAACUGCCUGACAGACGGCCUCAGGUUCUCAAGCAAAACAUCCUGAUAAACUGUUGAAUUCAUUAUUCUAUUAAUAACUGCAAGUUGUCCAGGCCCUGAGUUAGCAAAACAGACCCAAAUCAUUAUGCUGCAUCCACCAUGCUUCACGGUGGAGAUAAGGUUUUGAUGUUGGUGAGCUGUUCCAUUUUUCCUCCACACAUGAUGUUGUGUGUUACUCCCAAACAAUUCAACUUUGGUUUCAUCAGUCCACAAAAUAUUUUGCCUAAACUUCUGUGGAGUGUCCAAGUGCCUUUUUGCGAACAUUAAACGAGCAACAAUGGUUAUUUUUAGACAUCAGUGGCUUCCUCUGUGGAGUCCUCCCAUGAACACCAUUCUUGGCCAUAGUUUUACAUAUAGUUGAUGUGUGCACAGAGAUAUUGGACUUUGCCAGUGAUUUCUGUAAGUCUUUAGCAGACACUUUAGGGUUCUUUUUUACCUCUCUGGGUAUUCUGCGCUGAAAAAUCAUCUUUGGUGGACGGCCACUCCUUGGGAGAGAAGUAACAGUGCAAAACUCUCUUUUGUAGACAACUUCUCUGAUUGUUGAUUGAUGAACAUCCAGACUUUUAGAGAUGGUUUUGUAUCCUUCCCCAGCUUUAUACAAAUCAACAAUCUUUGAUUGCAGAUCGUUGGACAGCUCUUUGACCAAGCCAUGAUGCACAUCAGACAAUGCUUCUUAUCAAGACAAUUCUUACCAGGUGUGUGUUUUAUAGUGGGCAUGGCCGCUUUAAACCACUCAUUAGUGAUUGGGCACACACCUGACUUAAAUUGUUUGGUAAAAAUUGGUUUCAAUUGCUCUUUAAGUCUCCUUACGCAGAGGAUUCACUUACUUAUUUUUCACCCUCCUGUCAUUAUUUGCAUUUUAUCCUCAUUAAAAUAUGAAAACCUGUAAAUGUUUGGGUAGUUUUAGUUAAAGCUGAGUUUUUUCAUCUGUGUGAUUUUGACAAAGAUCAGAUCACAUUUGAUGAUUUUUUUUGCAAAAAUGUGAAAUUCCAAAAGGUUUAGACACUUUUUCAUACCACUGUAGAUGCAUGUCCAUUGUGAGAGAGAUAACCUAAAAAGAACAAUCCGGAAAUCACAAAGCAUGAUUUUUUUAAAACAAAUUAUUUGUGUUAUACAGCUGCAAAUAAGUAUUUGAACACCUGUCUAUCAGCUUGAAUUCUGACCUCAAAGAGCUGUUAGUCCACCUAUUAAAAGUCCACCUCCACUCCAUGUAUUAUCCUGAAUUAUUACGCACUUGUUUAAGGUCGAUGGCAGCAUAAAGACACCUGCCCACCCCAUACAAUCAGUAAGACUCAAACUUGUAACAUGGUCAAGACCAAAGAGCUUUCCAAAGACACCAGAAAGAAAAAUGUUCACCUCCUCAAGGCUGGAAAGUGCUACGGAGCAUUUGCCAAGCAGCUUGGUGAAAAAAGGUCCACUGUUGUAACAAUAAUUAGAAAAAGGAAGAAGCUAAACAUGAUGGUCAAUCUCAGUCGGAGUGGAGCCCCAUGUAAAAUAUCACCUCGUGGGGUCUUAAUGAUCCUACGAAAGGUGAGGAAUCAGCUGAGAAGUACAUGACAGGAGUUGGUCAAUGACCCGAAAACAGCUAAGACCAUCGUUUACAAGGUUACUGUUGGUAAUCCACUAGACAACAUGUUUUUGAAAUCAUGCAUGGCGCGAAAGUUUCCCCAGCUUAAACCAGCACAUGUCAAGGCCCGUCUUAAGUUUGCCUAUGACCACUUGGACGAUACAGAGGAGUCAUGGGAGCAGUUUUUGUGGUCAGAUGAGAGUAAAAUAGACCUUUUUGGUUAUAAUUCCACUUACUGUGUUUGGAGGAAGAAGAAUGAUGAGUACUAGCUCAAGAACACCAUCCCUACUGUGAAGUAUGGUGGUGGUAGCAUCAUGCUUUGAGGGUGUUUUUCUGCACACGGGACAGGAUGAGUGCACUGUAUUAAAGAGAUGAUGACUGGGGCCCUGUGCUUUGAGAUUAUGGGGAGUAACCUCCUUCCUUCAGUCAGAGCAUUAAAGAUGGGUUGUGCCUGGGUCUUCCAACAUGGAAAUGGCGUGAAGUACAUAGCUCGGAAAACCAAGCAGUGGCUCUGUAAGAGGGUUCUAGCAUGGCCUAGCCGGUCUCCAGAUAUAAACCCAAUAGAAAACCUUUGGAGGGAGCUCAAACUCGGUGUUUCUCAGCAACAGCCCAGAAACCUGACUGAUGGGUGGGCCUAGGUGCCUCCUGCAGUGUGUGGAAACCUGAUGAAAAACUACAGGAAACAUUUUACCUCUGUAAUUGCAAACAAAGGCUACUGUACUAAAUAUUAACAUUCGUUUUCUCUGGUGUUCAAAUACUUAUUUGCAGCUGUAUCACACAAAUAAAUCGUUGAAAAAAAAAUCAUACAUUGUAAUUCCUGAAUUUUUCUUUUUAGAUUAUCUCUCUCACAGUGGAUAUGCACCUACAAUGAAAAAAUUCAGACCUAGGAGUGUGACAAAAUAUCAAAAUGGUGAUAUAUUGUGAUUCUUUGUAUCCCCAAAGGUUAUCAAUAUGCUCCUGCCAAGAAUUGAGAUAUCGUUUUAAAAAGGUGUCAAUGUCUAAAAUAAAUAAAUAAAAAGGAACCAACUAGUUGCUACCAAAAUCUUCCACUAUAAUAGUGUCUCAGUUAACUCUAAGGUUGCAUUGACGGUGCUCGACGCCCAAUCCAUUUAGACUAGAAAACCGGACCAUUUACAGUCAUUCUGUCCGAUUUUCAGGGGAUUUACAGGUCACUUGCUGUUCAUUUUAGGGCAUUUCCAGGUCAUUUCCUGUUGAGUUUGAGUCACUGCCUAUUCAUUUGGGUGAUUCCCAGGUCACUUCCUGUUAUGUAACUCAAAAUAAACAGGAAGUGACCCAUAAAAUACCCCAAAAUCAACGGGAAGUAACUGAAAAUGAACAGGUAAAUGACCUUAAAUGGCCCAAAAUUACCUCAUUGCCUGGCAUUGGCUGCCACUGACGGCCAUAGACGUCCAAUCCGUUUGAAGUGGGAGGGAUGGCAGCGAAUGAACGAAUGUUCAUUCGCUGCCACCCUCCCACUUCAAAUGGAUUGGACGUCUACUAGUGAUAAACUCAUUCCAAUCCUCAGCAGAAGUAUCGUAUCGUGAGGUACCAAGAGGUUCCCACUCCUAUGAAUCAGACCCCUCCAUGAUUUCCAAGUGGGAGAACUUGCAAAAUAGCAGGGUGUUCAAAUACUUUUCUUCACUGUAUUUACAUGAUAAUCACGUAUUUACAGCGGGGCAAAUAAGUAUUUAGUCAACCACCAAUUGCGCAAGUUCUCCUACUUGAAAAGAUUAGAGAGGCCUGUAAUUGUCAACAUGGGUAAACCUCAACCAUGAGAGACAGAAUGUGAAAAAAAAAAAAACAGAAAAUCACACUUUUUAAAGAAUUUAUUUCCAUAUUAGAGUGGGAAAAAAAGUAUUUGGUCACCUACAAACAAGCAAGAUUUCUGGCUAUCAAAUGAGGUCUAACGAGGCUCCACUCGUUACCUGUAUUAAUGGCACCUGUUUUAACUCAUUAUCGGUAUAAAAGACACCUGUCCACAAUCUCAGUCAGUCACACUCCAAACGCCACUAUGGCCAAGACCAAAGAGCUGUCGAAGGACACCAGAGACAAAAUUGUAGACCUGCACUAGGCUGGGAAGACUGAAUCUGCAAUAGAUAAAACGCUUGGUGUAAAGAAAUCAACAGUGGGAGCAAUUAUUAGAAAAUGGAAGACAUACAAGAUCACUGAUAAUCCCCCUCGAUCUGGGACUCCAUGCAAGAUCUCACUCCGUGGCGUCAAAAUGAUAACAACGGUGAGCAAAAAUCCCAGAACCACACGGGGGGACCUAGUGAAUGACCUACAGAGAGCUGGGACCACAGUAACAAAGGCUACUAUCAGUAACACAAUGCGCCGCCAGGGACUCAAAUCCUGCACUGCCAGACGUCUCCCCCUGCUGAAGAAAGUACACGUCCAGGCCCGUCUGCGGUUCGCUAGAGAGCAUUUGGAUGAUCCUGGGAGAAUGUGUUAUGGUCAGAUAAACCCAAAAUAGAACUUUUGGGUAGAAACACAGGUUCUCGUGUUUGUAGGAGAAAGAAUACUGAAUUGCAUCCGAAGAACACCAUACCCACUGUGAAGCACGGGGGUGGAAACAUCAUGCUUUGGGGCUGUUUUUCUGCAAAGGGACUAGGGCGACUGAUCUGUGCAAAGGAAAGAAUGAAUGGGGCCAUGUAUCGAGAGAUUUUGAGCGAAAAUCUCCUUCCAUCAGCAAGGGCAUUGAAGAUGAGACGUGGCUGGGUCUUCCAGCAUGAAAAUGAUCCCAAACACACAGCCAGGGCAACAAAGGAGUGGCUUCAUAAGAAGCAUUUCAAGGUCCUGGAGUGACCUAGCCAGUCUCCAGAUCUCAACCCCAUAGAAUAUCUGUGGAGGGAGUUGAAAGUCCGUGUUGCCUAACGAAAGCCCCAAACCAUUACUGCUCUAGAGGAGAUCUGCAUGGAGGAAUGGGCCAAAAUACCAGCAACAGCGUGUGAAAAGCUUGUGAAGAGUUACAGAAAACGUUUGGCUUCCGUUAUUGCCAACAAAGAGUACAUAACAAAGUAUUGAGAUGAACUUUUGGUAUUGACCAAAUACUUAUUUUCCACCAUGAUUUGCAGAUAAAUUCUUUAAAAAUCAAACAAUGUUUAUUUUCUGUUUUUUUUUUUCCAAAUUCUGUCUCUCAUGGUUGAGGUUUACCCAUGUUGACAAUUACAGGCCUCGCUAAUAUUUUCAAGUGGGAGAACUUUCACAAUUAGUGGUUGACUAAAUACUUAUUUGCCCCACUGUAUGUGAUAAUGUUGAAGUAUUUACCUGAUGAUCAGGUAAUGAUGUAAAAAUGUGACAUGCUCAUAUGUCAAAACAUGAUACUCGACUUUUUUUUUUUUUGGUGUGUAACAGUACUUUCCGAUUUUUUUUAGUUUUUUAACUUCAUAUAAUGGUCCUGCAACACCGUACGGCUUAGCUGUAUAUAAAUUUAGAUCUACACAUUUCUAAUAGGAAGCUGAUACUGUAGUUGCUACAAUGCGUGCAAUGAUUUAAUGGGUAUCCUUGUUUUUUUCUCUUCCCAGCGAAGGCCAUAUAGGCUCAAGUCGUCUCCGAAUCACUUGGCUUUUGUUUUGUUUUUUGUUGUGCGUGUGUUUUGGGCAACACACUUACAGUUGAAGAGCUGCAUGACGGAAAAGUUGAGUGAAGACAGAGCUCGUUCACUUCUUUUAACAGAAUGGCCAUAAAUCAAAGCACUCAUCGCUCCUUCCAUCCUUGUGCACGAAGAGCCAGCAAUGACAGCAGCUCUCAUGCCGUACUUUACCUGAAGAUCUUAUUUCUAUUGUGUACAUUUGUUGCAAAAUAUUCCUCGGUGCAUGUUCGCUACAGCUGCUGAUUUGUGUAAUAGAGAAUGUCAAGAACUGCUUAAAAAGGUUAGUCACCUGAUAAAGUGUUACAUAAGCUUAAAACAGUUGAUUUUUCCUACGGAAAUGCUUCUAUGGGAUGAUAACAUUUGGAGCGGAUGUAGUGAUGUACAACAGGAGCAAUUGCAAGCGAGUCGUUUUGCUUCUGUACCUAUUUUGUCCGAUUGUUCAUUAUGUCACAUGAACUUUGAAUUCAGGUGAAUAAAAUUAUAUUUACUAAA